CCGUAACCUAAUCCAUAUUCUACUGUUUGAACCAAGCACACGUAAAUAACCUUAUUUCUUCUUUCAGAAAAUUUAAGUAUUACUAAUAUAUAUUGAUUUCUCCGGGAAAAAUCUGGAAAGACAUUUGUGUAUCAGUGGAUCAUUGAUCUGGAUUAGGUUUCGGAUUUUCUAUUAGUGAUUUAACUGGAUUUUCCGGUUGUCGAUUUCUGUUGUGAACAGUGUUAAUUAACUUCGUUUGAUAUCAAGUUUCUGAAAUUCGCUGAAAUUACAUCUGAGAGUUGAGAUUUCACGUGAAAUUUCAGCAUUUUAUUUGCUUUUUCGAGUUUAGAAAAUGGUUGGAGGUGGAAAUAGAAUGGAUGAAGGAUCGUUCACAGUGAGCAACAGCAAUGUUUUUGCUGUGCUGGAGAGAAAGAAGAAGAGGUCUGACAAAGGGAAGGUCUCUGCAAAGAGCAGUAAGAGUGGGUUGAAAGCUGGGGCUGGGAAAUCAAAAGAACCGGAGGAGAAGCCUCAGGUAUUUUUUGCUCCAGCUCCUUUGACUGUGAAGUCGUGGGCUGACGUUGAUGACGAGGAUGAUGAUGAUUACUAUGCCACCAAUGCUCCACCCCAGUCUGUUUGGGGUGUUUCGGGGUCGAGUAAACCUGAAGAGAAUCAGAAACCGGACCCUGUGGAGGAAAGCGAGAGUGAAGAUGAUAUUCUUGAUGAAGGUGACGACGACAUGGAAGAAGAGCACGAUCAUGAACCAGUGGUGGAAGAACAUCCUGAGCCAGUAGUUAAAAAGUCUGUAGAUGCUUCCCCCGCAAAUAAAGAGGUAGAUAAACAAAUUUCCAAGAAAGAGAGAAGAAAAAAGGAGCUUGCUGAGCUGGAGGCCAUUUUGGCUGAAAUUGGAGUUGCCCCAAAAGAGAAAGCCAUAGAUGAGUCAUCUGAUAUUUCGCAAGAGAAGAGAGAGGGACAGAUGAAUGGAGAUAUAGAAAACAAGGAUAAUGUCCAUGCAGAAUCCAAGAGUUCAAAGAAGAAGAAAAAGAAGGAUAAAGCUUCAAAAGAGGUGAAGGAAAGCCAGGAUCAGUCCAGCAGCUCAGAUGUUCUUAACGGACAGGAGGAAACCACUGAAACCGAACAAGUGAAACAUGAUGCUUCUGCCGUCAAUGUGAAGGAUCGACUAAAGAAGGCCGCUUCUGCUAAGAAGAAGAAAUCUAAUAAGGAGAUGGAUGCUGCUGCCAAAGCUGCUGCUGUGGAGGCUGCUGCAAGGAGUGCAAAACUUGCCGCUGCUAAGAAGAAAGAGAAGAACCAUUACAAUCAGCAGCCUUUGCGGUAAAGAGCACAGCAUUGGAGUAACAUAUAAAUCGAGAUGGUUAUUUAAUUGUUCAUUUACCCAUGUGCAAUAAACUUUGAUCUCAGCGUCUUUGUCUUGAUAACAUGUUCCCAGACGGUUUUGCUCAGUGAAUAUUUGUUUUUAACUUGGUACUUCAACAGACUUCAUAUAUUAGUUUGUAUGAAAUAGUACUCUUUUGCAAUGAUCA